CACGAUCCAAAGGAAGGGAAAGCCAUUCUCGUCGGACGGGUGAGAGAAAGGCGGCGAAGAAGAGAGAACGAGAGAUCCGUGAGCGUGCCCAUAGGUCGCCGGGGAAAUAGCCCAGUCGAUGGUGUCACCGGACACCGGCCGCACGCCGGCGCAAGGCGCGGAAGCCGCCUCCGCCUCCCCGUGGCCUCUCCGAAAGCUCCAGAGCUUUUCUCCUGGCCUGUGGUCACACUACAAAGCUUAUGAGGAUGUUUUUGUGGAGAGGGCCAAAGUUACUAUUUCGGAUGCGCUGGUUCUUGCGAGCGGGCAUCAGGCGGAAGCAAUUGGAUGUGCCACUGUUGCAGGGUUCAUCUUGUUGAGAGGUCCUCGGAGAUUUUUAUACCGCAAUACUCUUGGCCGUUUUAAAACUGAGAAGGAUUUACUGAAUGAUGCUGAACAAAGUAUGAUCGAAUACAAAACAUCUAUUGAAAACUUGAGAAAGGAGUCCAAAUACACCCUCGAUAAAGUAGUCAUUGGUGAAAGUGAUCUGCAGCGUGGGCGAACUGAUUUGAGAUCCACUGGUAAGCAAAUCCAAUCUGUUAUAAGUUCAAUUUACAAGGCAGAAUCCACAGCUGCAGGUUUGAUGGAUCGACUGCGAACUAUUCCUACUAGGCAAUCUCUCGAAUUACGAGCUGAGGUGGCUUCCAUGGCUUCUGAUUUGAAAAGCCAGAGAUAUGUCCUGGAAGAAAGGGUGAACAGGAUAUCUGAAUAUGGUGUCCGCGUCUGAAUGUCACCACCUACAUACUUCCCCACAAAAUAACUGAAUCACAAAGGGAGAUGUUAUCAUUGAUUAGACAAUCAUCUUCCACGGAUUAUAAGUUAUAACCUUGUUUUUGGUUAGCAAAAUAUCACUCACUGAACCAUUGACUUCCGUGUCAUUACUCUUGCCUGUGUUGAGCAUUGCUCACUGUUGUAUCCUUCGCAUACAUAUGAAAAUCUUUGUUUCUUGUGUUAAAGUUAUCUGCUGGUGUGCUGUUCA